AUGUCAGGCGUUGUGUUCAUAAUUUACGUUCCUACGGAAAAUUACGAGAAAUCUUUGCAGAAGAAAGUCACAAAAAGGGUUACUAUAGACGAAUCGUACAAAAACUCAAUGCAGGAGGAAAAUCAUCAUGUCAUCGAGAACGUCGACGAUGAUUUUAUUCCCCUUUGCGAUUCAACCAUAUCAAAUGCGAAUGAAGGUGAACCCUUGGAAAAGACACUUCGCGACAUACUGAAGCAGUUUCAUGUGGACAACUCCUUUUGGAGCAAGAACGUCGAAGAUAAUUACUUGCAAGUCGUGUUUUCCAUAGAAUCCAGCGAUAGAUGUGAGGAUAUUCUGGAAAUUUUGAGGGAAAAUGGAAUUGGCCACCGACAGAACUCCAUCAUCAGCGUUAUCCCUUGCACGCUGCACUAUCAUGGGCACGAAAAUGAGGACAAUGAAAAGGAUUCGUUGUCUCUUGAUGAUGGGAAACUGGAAAGUAAUGAAGAACACCACGAAAAACAUACCGCCUGGAAUCGUUUUCUGACGUCAGUCAAAGCACGCCUAACAGUCGCCCAGGUAGUUGAAAAUGUAAAGCACCAUGCUGUUAUGACCUUCGACUUCGUUUUUCUUUUGUUAAUAUCAACUACCAUGUGUGCCAUUGGUCUAGUGGAAAAUAGCAACCUCUGCCUUCUGUCAAGCAUGUUGAUUUGCCCGAUGAUGGGUCCAGUAAUGGCUGCUACCUUCGGUUCCGUCAUAAAACACAAACGGUUGACGAAAAUCGGGGUCCAGAAUGAACUAAUUGGUCUUGGAAUCGCAACAGUUGUGGGCUUUUGCUAUGGGACGUUGAUCUGUCUCCUUACCGACAAGUAUGGGAACCACACGUGGCCUACGUACGAGAUGUUAUCAAGGGGAGAACUGCGCUCUCUGUGGGUGGGCUGUCUCAUCGCGUUACUGUCGGGGGCAGCUGUCGCUCUGGGAAUUCUCAGCGACAAUUUCGCCUCCCUCGUCGGGGUGGCAAUUUCCACGUCACUAACGCCCCCAGCUGUUAACGCCGGGCUGCUAUGGUCGCUUGCAUCUGUCUACUACGUAAAGGGCAACGAAACUACCCGUUACCACAGACUGACGCAAACGAACUACUACUCUCGCAACUACGCCACUGAAUUGUUUGCCUUAGGAGCCGUUAGCAUCUGUCUCACCUUCAUCAACAUCGUCUGCAUAUACGCCGCGGCCAUCCUUGUUUUCAAGAUUAAGGAGGUAGCGCCUAUGUCAAGGGACCACGCCAGGCGCAGAUUCUGGAAGCACGACAUCAAAAUCGCCAGAGACUACAACAAGACCCUGGAGGGAGAAGAGGCCGGUUGUACGAUAACCAAGCUGUCUCAAGAACUAGCUGCUUAUCGGAAGUCCAGAUUCAACCCCGACAAGUUCUAUCAUUCCACCGAACUCGCGAAAGACAACCUCAAGUUAAACAUCAAACGACCGGAGUUCACUUGGUCCCCUUGUACGCGUUUCUUGGAAACGUCGAGAGAGGUCAACGAGAUAUACGAGAGUUUGAAGAAGUAUAAGCCCAACACGGCGAGAGUUUUGGAUUUCACUCGGGCACAGCCAACGGCGAAGAUGUACCAAAGGAGGUUGUCGCAGAUAUUCCUCAAAGACGAUGAUAAGUUGGACAUCAUAAAAGAGGACAACAGCGAUAAGACCACGUCGAGUGCGGAGUAUAGUUGCGGCUGUCAGAAUAAUGGCAAACAGUACUGCACCGGAAAGAAGCGAUUUACUGUUGUUCGUUGCGAAACAGACCCUUUGAGUCCCAAACCUUAAUAUGUUUAUUGAAAUACGUGGCGCAAUAAUAAAUUUAUAUUGCCAAUUUACAUGGGAUUGUAGCGUCUAUACGUUUUUUUAUGUAUAUCCAAGUAAGGCCUAUGAGUUUGUUUUAUAUUUGCGUUUUACUUGUAUCUGUAUUUUGUUUUUAUUGUGAUAUAAUUGUCCA